GACGAACUGUGAAAACACCGAAAACAACAGCUGCUUUUCCACAAUGUUGCUCCAUCAAAGGAUAAAACUUUGGUACAGAUUUUGACGAAUGUAAUGGAAAGCGAAAAACAAACUACUGAGAGAGAGACACCGCCUCAGCACUGGAGAAGCUGCAAGUUGAUUAUUGACCCUGCAUUGACAAAAGGACUGUAUAAAGUGUACCGUUAUGAUGGACAAUACUUUAACAUACCCGUAGAGGACUUAUGUCUGUUUCCUGUGGAUACAGUCAGAGAUCCCCGCAUCUGCCGUCUGUGGAGCAAAUGCAACAAGACUGACCUUUUGGUUCCUAAAUUUAAGGUUGAUGAGUGGUAUGUUGGCCCUGUUCCUCCCAAAGAAGUGACAUUUUCCAGGUUGAAUGACAAUGUAAGGGAAGCGUUCUUGACUAAUAUGUGCAAUAAAUAUGGGAACACCGAAGAAGUGGAAAUAUUUUACAAUCCUAAGAACAAGAAGCAUUUAGGGAUUGCAAAGGUUGUCUUCGACACAGUGAGGGCUGCAAAAGACGCUGUUCAGCACCUCCAUCAGACUUCAGUGAUGGGGAAUGUUAUUCACGUGGAAAUUGAUCCUAAAGGUGAAAACAGGGCGCGACAUCUCCAGUUCCUCUUACGUGGACUUUAUACUCCUUGGUCAGUGGGCAGCAGGGAACGAGCUCUUCAAAGCUUAAUCGACAAUUUGCUGGGCCGCUCAGCCACGCAGCGACAGGGGAGUAUCUCCAGCCCCAUCAGCAUCGCCACACCCCUCUCUCUGGACACAGCCUACUCCAGUAUUUGGCAGGAUACACCUUGCAGCUUUGGGCUUACACCGCGUUCUCAGGGAACCCCCCGCACUCCCUGCUUGUCUGCGACUCCUCUCUCCCAGGACUCUUGCUACUCUAGUCUUCAGGCAACUCCAGUCCUCCAGGGGGAGCCCUCCACCCAUAGUGUUCACAAAGCUUUAAGACGAGAGCUCUUCCAUCGUAAACCAGCGAGGUAUCACAGGGGAUCUGGCGAUGCCUCAGAUGUCAACCUAAUUUUGAAGCAUUGCCAACAACAGCCACCACACCUCCUGUCUACCCAAAUACAAACUAGCAGUCAGCAGCUUGCGCUGUGGGGUCUUAAUGCACAAUCCCCUACUAACAGUAACACAGAGGCUUCCUGUAACUUUGCCUCUCCUUGUCAGGAGUCCAGAGACGAUGUUCCCGAUACCUCGAAGGCUUUACAUCUAAACUGCAACUCUUUGAAUAUCCUGAGCAUUAAUUUCACAGAUGACCAGCAGACAGCAGCAUCCUCUCCACCUGAUGGCCAUGCAUGCAUAACAGACUUAUCUUCACCUGGUUUUAACUGUUCCUCCAGCAGCCCCCAGCCAGAGGUCGAGAGUUUGGAUUCCCGCAUUGAAAGUUUGCUGAUAAACAGUCAGAGAACUGACCCCUCAUAUGUUGAUAGAAAGACUUUGGAGGCUGAUGUACACUCUCAGGACAGCCCAACUUCACCUUGCUCAGCUAAUGCCUCCUUUCUCUCAGAGGACUCACUUGUUUAUACUCUGACUUCUUGUGGAUCCUUCCCAACCAGCCACCGGGCCUCCAACAGUGAUGUGGUGGAUGUCAGUCAAAGAUCGCUUGCUGAAAGUGAAGAGGAUGAAACUAUUCAAGCUGUUUCGUUUCUAACAAGAAACUGCCAGUCUCCCACUCCAUCUGAUUUCACACAUUUUGAAAGGAGGGCUCAUGUAAACAACGAGAAAGUUGCAGAAAGGUCCCAGUUAUUGUGUCCAAAGGAUCAUCAAGCAGCAAAUGAGGAUAAGGAGCACCCAACAAAAGACAUCUCCUCUCUUACCCAGCCUCCGUCCUAUUCUUCUCUCAGUAGCACCACUCGGCCUCUUACUCCUCAUGCCAUUGGAUCUGGAAGUGCCCCUCAAUCAGUCACCCCUUUCCCUUUCCCCAUUCCUCCCUUCCCCCCAUCUCUCCCACCUGUCCCACCUCGCCUGCCAAAUGGCACCAUCCCAAUCCCACCUCCAGGCUGGAUCCCACCUCCGGGCCAUCACACCCGCAUCCCCAUUCCUCCUCCCCCUAUCCCACCUCCUCCUUCUAUUCUCCCCCCACCAACUUUUCUUGGACCCCCCCCACCUUUGAUGGUGCCGCCUUCUGUUCCACCUCCUGUGCACACGUACCGCUUACCCAUGCAUCGUGCAGGCCCAUUGGAUAAGGGGAAUCCUCCAAGGCAUGGCAGUGCACCUUUACCAUUCCCUCGACCACCCUGGCUCGCUCCACCUUUUCCCAGGUUUAACCCCUUUGUGCCGCCACCAGGCUACCCACUUGUGCGUGAAAACCCUCAUAAGCUCACAGUAGAAAAAGUUUUAGAAGUCAUCAUGGAUGAACUGAGGUCAAUCAUUAAGAAGGACAUUACACGCAGAAUGAUUGAAGGGAUCGCUUUCAAGGCAUUUGAGGACUGGUGGGACUGUCAAGAGAAGAAAACAAGGAUGCAAGUACCUCCUUUGAAAAGUGGAGCAGCAAGUGUGGAAGAGAAGACCAAAGUAAUGAAUCCCCUCAGUCACAUUAGUGGCCGUGGCAAAAAACCUCCACUGCCUUCCUUCAGGGUAAAAAGGAAAAAAUCCAAUGAUGCUGCUACAUCAGAAGAUAUAGAAAAUGUGUUGUGUCCAACUCAUGAAACUUCUGAUGUGAAACAGGGGGAUGACAUAUUUAAACCUGCAUCUGACAGAGCCAAACGCAGACAUGCAAGACCACAUGUGCUUGACAGUGAUGAUGAGGAUGAUGAUGAUGAUGAUGAUGAUGAAGGAAACAAAGAAGAUAAUACCCUUCAAGAUGAAGGAAAAAUGUCAGACAAAGUGAAGACAAUUGUGCCAGUUGAUAAUGACCCUCAAAAAAUCCUGUGUGACAGAGAAGACCACGAUGAUGGGGACGACAGUAAUCAUCCUGAGGCACAAAAACAAACAGUGGAUGAAGAUGCUGUCAUCUUCCAAACUGGUGACGUAGUGCAGUGCUUAGACAGCGAGAGUUUUUCAGAGAGCAGCUCCUCAGAGGAAAGCGAGUCUUCGUCAGACAUGGACUCCUCUGACUCGUUCUCCUCAGGGAGCUUUGAGGACUCGUCCUACUCUGACCUCAGUCCUGAAGAUGAAGGCAUGGAGGAGGACGGCGAGGACGACAGGAGUUGCGAGUGUAUAGUCAUAUCGUCAGAUGAAGAGUCGAUGGAGCUUGAGCCACCGGUCACCCCUUCCGCCCCGCUAACCCCUGGUGCUCAGCUGGAGCUGGGCCUUCAGGACUGGUCAGAUCCAUUUCAUAGGGAGGAAACCGAGGACAAUCAGUACUCAUGCUGUCAACAAGACACCUGUGGCUUGGACGCCACGAUGGAGCUCCAAACCAUUGAACCCCAGGACCAUCUACUGCCCCUGUCACCUAUAGGACUUCCAGCAGUGGAGCCAGACCUUGACAUAGUGAUGGAGAGCCCUGAAUGGAGGGUGGACUCCCUCGAGAACAUAGAAAACCUGAGGCCUCUCACUCCCACUGGCUGCUUGAUGGAUAGUGACCCUGACCUUCUGAUGAGAAGCAAACCAACAUCCCCAGCUGUGGAGGAGGUAGAACGACCACAAACACCCGGCAAAGGCAUAGUGGUUGAACUGGAAAGCGAGGACUCUGUCGAUGAAGUCCUCUCCCUCUCUCCAACAAGCACUGAGCUCGUUCUAGCUCCUUCUGUUCCCCUGGGUUUAUGCCCCUCAUACCAGGACAUGCCCAAAACUCCUGGUAGAGAGGAUAGAAGUGAUUGGACUCAGUACAGCUCUGGGAGAGCUCCAGCAACACCAGGCAGAGAGACGACCAUGUCAGAAGGUAGCAUAGUGGUGUGCACAAAUAUUAGCAGCCCACCUCUUGUGCCGUGCCUGUCUAGAAAUCCAUACAUCACAGCCCCAAAGACUCCUGGAAGAGAUAUCAUUCUUCCCCGAAGAACCAUAGUCCACAGGAGGAAAAUGCAAACGGUGACCUCCUUACAGCCCCUGUUAUGUGAUUCUCUCAGAGGUUCUCCCAUCUCAGUGUCUUCUCCAUGCAGCGAGUCUGAGUCCUCAUCAGACUCUGCUGAUGGGAGGGGCAUGUGGAUCAGUUCAGGUGUGAGAAUGAAGCCCUUGCAGGGACUGGAGAAUAUGCCCGGGCUUCUUGACGAGGAGAAUAGGAGAGAGACAGAGAAAUCCUUAUUGAGGAGAAAACAGCUGAGGAGGCUAAAGAGGAGGUGGAGAAUCCAUCGUCGGCAGAGAUCAUUUAAAAGAAUCCCAGGAUCUCACUCCUCUCACAGUCGUCCUCACAGGUGGCGUUCGCUCAGUGAGGAGCGGAGGAUACUUCACAGGGUUUGGAAGGAGGGCCUGGAUGGAGAAGAUGCACAGCUGCUGCAGUGCACAUUUGAAAGGCUGCAAGAGCAGGAUAAUAGCUUUGGUUGGCUCAGUGACACCCUGUGGAUUCCUCACCCUCUGACUAAAGUCCUCACAGAGACAAGCGAGGAACACAAAUGCUGGCAGCCACGCCACAGGACCGGCUCUGCUCGCAGUGAAGGUUUCUACAAAAUCAGCAGGAAAGAUAAAAUUAAAUACCUCAACAACACAAACCUGACCGCUGAGCUUCCAUCUACAAGUACUCAGCAGGGAAUAAACAUCCCUGCCCAGCAGCCAAUUUCACUGCGUGCCGGAUCUGACUUCAGGUCUGAACAGCGUCGCCUGCUGUCCUCUUUCAGCUGUGAUAGUGACCUGGUCAAGUUCAACCAGCUGAAGUUCCGAAAGAAGAGGAUUCGUUUCAGCCGGAGUCACAUCCAUGAGUGGGGCCUGUUUGCAAUGGAGCCCAUAGCAGCAGAUGAGAUGGUGAUUGAGUAUGUGGGCCAAAUCAUCAGACAGGUCAUUGCUGACAUGAGGGAGCAGCGAUAUGAGGAGGAGGGCAUUGGAAGCAGCUAUUUGUUCCGUGUUGAUCAGGACACCAUCAUCGAUGCUACUAAAUGUGGGAACUUGGCCAGGUUUAUCAACCACAGCUGCAGUCCUAACUGCUACGCAAAGAUCAUCACUGUGGAGUCUCAGAAGAAGAUAGUGAUAUACUCCCGGCAGCCGAUAAGCAUCGAUGAAGAGAUCACAUACGACUACAAGUUCCCCAUUGAGGAAACAAAGAUUCCUUGUUUGUGUGGAGCAGAUAGCUGCCGGGGCUCCCUGAACUAAUCGCUAAUUAAGUGUCCUUAUUAUGUCAAGAGCCAAAGUUGCCUGAGGUACUAUUCAAUAUAAACACCUACCCUGAAGAUGUGUCAAGAAAGCCAUUUAAUACUAUUUAUAACCAUACAGUCUGUAACUGCCUGGAGGCUUUGCAGGAGCUCAUAAAAGACUGCUGCUCAGUGAAUAAUGAUUUUUAUAAACUGUCCUAAAAAGCACUUAAGACAAGAAUAGGACCAAGCACUUGGAACUUUUUUUAAUCAAGGUCUGGCAUGAAAUGUUAAUAUACCACCUGCAGGCUCUGGUAAAACAUUACAAAAGCAACAUUACAAAAACACUAUCUUUAGUUGUACAUUAUAUUUUGUGAACAUAUGGCAAGUAACCACCGUUUCACACAUUGCCAUUGUUGUCUCUUUACCACAUGUAGGGGGAAAUGGGCACCCUGUUACAAUGAAAUGUCUGUUGACCUAAUUUUCCAAAUGAUAACAAAAGUGUACAGUUAAAUGUUUUCAUUUAUGAGAGCUUAAGUGGUGUUUUGCUUGAGUCAAGCUUGUAACAAAACCAUUGGUUUUCUUGUUAACAUUUUUAUUAAAAGAAUGUGUUGCAUUAUGAAUGUUAA